AUGAAGAUCUUCAAAGACAUUUUCUCCGGUGACGAGAUGUUCUCGGACACCUACAAGUUCAAGCUGAUCGACGGCGUCCUGUACGAGGUGUACGGCAAACUGAUCACCCGUAAAGUGGGCGACGUGACCCUCGACGGCGCCAACCCGUCCGCUGAAGAGAGCUGUGAGGGCACCGAGGAUGCCGUGGAAAGCGGUGUGGAUGUUGUGCUCAACCACCGUUUGAUGGAAACAUACGCGUUUCCGGACAAGAAAUCGUUUACUCUAUACCUCAAGGAGUACAUGAAACGGUUAGUGGACAAGAUGACCGAGAACGGCAGCACCGAGGUGGACGUCUUCAAAACCAAUAUCAACAAAGUAAUGAAAGAUCUGCUCACGAGAUUCAAGGAACUUCAGUUCUUCACCGGCGAAAACAUGGAUAUCGAAAACGGCAUGGUGGCUAUGCUCGAAUACAGAGACAUUGGUGACGACAACGUACCAGUGUUGAUGUUGUUCAAACACGGGCUCGACGAAGAAAAAUUUUAA